AUGCAGAGCAGGUAUUUCUGUAUCAAUCCUCUUUUUUUCAACAAAUCGUUCAGAAAAGAAAAGGCCAGAGGAAUUCAGAAAGUUCAACUGUUAGCUUCAUAUUUCCCAUAUUGCUUUUAAUAUUGAUCCAGCUAUGCCUAUCAGUUGGAAACUACUCAGGUUGGAAGUUGUCAACUUUUUUUUUUCAUUUGAUACGAUUUUUCAGGAAAAGGAAGACCUCCGAUGUAUGGUGACUACGAGGCACAACGACAUUGGAUGGAAAUCACAUAUAAUUUACCCAUCAAUCAAUGGUUAUUCUUUCAAGAGUAAUCUUUUAUUGAAAACAAGAUCAGAGUUGAUCACGAGUCUAUAAAUCUAGCUUUCAAAGUUUUAGAUUCAAAAGAAACAUGUGGAAUUCCAUUUUGAACUUUAUUUAGGUACGUCAACUCUUCGGAUAAUGAUUUACUGUACUGGGGACUGGACUAUCCUCCUCUCACGGCAUACCACAGCUACGUAAUGGGUUGGAUGUAACGCGCUCCAAGUUUCAAAGAAAUGUCUUGAUGUUUCAGUGCGCACAAAAUCAAUCCUGAUUGGGUCUCUCUACUCUCGUCACGCGGUAUCGAAACGACGUCUCAUAAGAUUUUCAUGCGAAUAUCUUCGAUUCUUCCUUUCAUAACUAUUUAUGUCCCAAUCCUGGUAGUUUUUUUCUACAGAGUUUUUCCUUCUGAUAAGGUUUGUCACCCUGUUCAAAUUUGCAAAGAAUGUUUUCAGUCAGAAGCUCAGGAAGAUUCUGAAGUGAAAAGGGAAAUCGCUCUCAACUACAUUUUCGGAUGCAUAGUUGUUUAUCCGGCCAUGAUUUCUGUCGACAACGGACAUUUCCAGUUAGUUUAUGAUAGAAAUAGCUUCCACUGCUUUUUUUUAAUCACCUAGAUAUAAUAGUAUAUCCCUUGGACUUUUCCUGUGGUCUGUCUUUUGUCUGAUCACUCAACGACUCUACGCUGGAUCUGUUCUCUUCGUUCUAGCACUGAACUACAAACAAAUGGAGCUCUACCAUUCGCUCCCUGUUUUUAUCUUCAUUCUGUCACGGUCCAUAAGAAAGCCUUUGUUUGGCAGGAUAUUAGAAACGUUUUUUAUCUCUGUCAAAUUAUGAAAAAACCGAAAAUUUCAGAAUCUCUUCAAUAGCUAAAGUGGGCGGAGUUGUUAUAACUGUUUUCGGACUUCUAUGGGCUCCUUUCUUUUGGACCAACACAACUCGCGAUGUUCUUCUAAGAAUCUUCCCGUUCAACCGAGGAAUUUAUGAAGUUAGUUUUUAAAAUUGAUUUCCGAAAGCCGCGUCCCUACCCCAACAAGUCACCCGAAACCUGUCCGAGAUAGUUCGAAAAUUCACUUAAUUCAUUAAAGUAAAAAAAAAUUGAUAUUAAUCUUUUUCUCUUUAUGAGCAUGUAGUUUUCUAGUUUUUUAUAUUACCAAAAUUUUUUUCCCUGUGGAAAAUUAUGAAUUAAAUUCGAGGACAAAGUGGCGAGCGUUUGGUGUGCUUUCUCGUUUAUUUUGAAGCGACUUCCGAAUUCCUUCCAGCAGUGGCAGUUUUUCAUGAGGUUUUCGAAUUUCUUCUUCGAAAAAAAAAACUUGAAUUUCAGCACGUUUUUGGUACUUCUGUUUUCUUUACCAUCACUGCUGGUAUUGUUUUUGCAACCGUCGCAGAAAAACUUCCGAUCGUCUCUUUUCCUAACUUCUUUGUCUUUUUACCUAUUCUCUUUUCAAGUACAUGAAAAGACUAUUCUUCUACCUGCAGUGUUUGUUUCUUGUUUCUCUUUCCGUAGAUAGAAGCAGAACUGUUCUGCUCCAUUAAAUUCUAGAUUGUUUUAUGUUCAUCUUUUGUAGAAGCGUUAUACUUCUGGCGCUAGAGUUUCCGCUAGAGGUCUUUUGGUUUCUGAAUCUUUCAAACAUCAGGUUAGUGUUUUUUUUUCUUUGGAAUCCUUAAGUCGAUUUAAAGAUACAUGUUUCAAUUUAUCUCAAUUUUAGUAUCUUCCCACUCUGCGUUAAAGAUGGAAACGCGAACCACAUUGUGUUUUUCUUCGCAUACUUCAUUGCAACACAAGUCACUGGCCGGUUCUUAUUAGGAAGAAGCCUCGAGAAGGUGUAAAGAAAGUUUUCGGUCUGAAUAAAUAGGUUGUUUCAGAUUCCUCGAAGAAUGGGAAUUUCAUACCCGACACUUCAAAUAGUUUCUACACUAGUAGGGUUUUCGAUUUGCUGUUUAGAACUUUGGGGCCCUGUUCCGUCUAGAUUUCCUCAUUUGUAUCCUCAGAUCAAUGCAACUUACAGCUGUGUACAUUUCCUACUGUUUUUAGUUACCUUCACUGCUCGAAUGAUUAUCAGUUACCUUCCACUUAGAAGCCGUAAAAUUUUCCAUAAAACUGAGUGAUUAUUUGAAAUAUAUUGUUCUCUGUAUUUCCAUGACCUACUGAAUUUUGUUGUAGUUUUCAAACCAUUCUCAUUUCAUUGUUCAUCUUGGGAAUUAAAAAAAAAGAAUGUUCUCAUCUUUUUUUUCAGGAAGUUUGUGGGUUUUAAAAGGUUCAUUGAUUUCAAAAUUGUGUAUUUUUAGUGCUCGUUCGGAUAUUUGGAUGCCACAAUGUGAUGUAUAAAUCCGAUUAGCAAAUGAUCCACUGAUAUUUUUUGUUCGGUGAAAUUAUCCUUACUACUUCAUGUAUUCACAGAUUUUUCAAGGAAAAGGAAAAUUAAAAUCAAGAGGGGUCAACUAUUCUUAAAUUUAUUAUUUUUUUAAUUUUUUUAAUUGAAGAGAUAGCAAUAACGUGACCAAGAAAGUAUUUGAGUAUCGGAAUUUAUUUUUUUUUAAAGCUACUGAUACUCCAAUGUGGCGGCAUUAGUUGAACUUUUUUUUUGUAUCAUGCAUUCACCGUGACACUCCAUCACAUGACUUUUUCCGUCGCCCAAAAAAUAAUUUCGAAGUUUACGAAAAAAAAAUUCUUAUUUUUUAUCUUCCACCUCUUCAAGUAGUGUAUGCUAUUCUGAUUUCAAAUUUCAAAGACUUUUUUUUUGAGGCGAAUUAGUAUGAAAAGUCGCCUUGUUGUUUUGUCUAUCCGCUAAAAACGAACGAAGCUUGAUAAUAACCUUAAGAACAGCUGUACAUAAAACUCGUAGAAUUUUUACGGAGCUUUUUAUUUUUUCAUAAAGUAAAAUUAUAAUUUUUGAAGGGGAAAGUUGCUAAGAUAUGUUUGUUUGCGUCUCUCAUAAAUCACGCGUUUUCAUCUAGAGAUCGAAACGUUUUGACAAUAGGCUUCAGUUUUUUAUGUUCCAGUUUCCCAUCUCAAAUAGAUUUUUCUCAAGUAGAACGUCACGCAGCCAUGACAUCAUUUAAGUGCUUCAUUCUUUUUGUCGUCUCCAGAAAGUCUUUAUGAUGUAUUUGGCUCCUUCCCUUUUAUUUUAAUCCAUGUGGAUCAGUAGUUUCUGCGCUUUCUGCGGGAACCCAUCAAUUUUUUUCCUCCGUUUUUUUAAAUUUCUUCCAUUGAUAGAAGUAAAGAAUAAUAUUUUUUUAGAUAUUUUGAGAUUUGAAGCAAUUAUAAUUUCUGAAUCAGGGAAUGUUUAAAAAUGAUGUAAUUUGAAAUUCAUUAAAAUUUGUUCUAGUUCCAUAAAUAAUCCAAAUUCUCUGUUAAAAAUUUCAAUUAGAAGAUCUGAUCCAUUUACUGAAGUAAACUCGCAAAUGUUCAGAGUGUUGCGUGCAUGCGAAUCUUACUAUACUCAUUCAGCCUCAAGAGUUGUUCUUAUGAAAUUAACAUCGGUUUUAGUGUUCUCGCGUUUUAUUUGAUUCUCUUUUCUUAAUAAAUUUCCUAUUUUUCGAAAGCUAUGGUAUUUGAAAACGGGGUGUCGCCUGGAAGUUUUUCGGCGGCAGCCGAGGGAGGAACAGCUAUGAACACCGUACAGUGUGAGGCAAACGAUGUGGCUCAGGAAAGUCUGUCGCCGACACCUCAGAAGCAGUUUCGCCUCAAAGGGGAAGGUUUGCCCGGUGGCGAAAUGCAGGUGUGUUUCUCUUCAGACAAUGCAAUUUGAGAAAGGUUACCUCUGCUAUAAAAAAAAAUGUAAAAAUCAUGAAAAUCAUCAUCGAAAAAGUUUUUUGCAUAUUUUUCAUAAAGAAUAAUUAUUGGCAAGUUUUUUUUUCAGUUAUCGAAGAAAAGGGAUGCCGCUGUUGCAGAAAACGCAGCUAGCAUCCAGGCAAAUACUUCGAGUUCGGGUUUUCUUUCUAUUUUUAUAUUGUAUGAACUUUUUUCAAGUUUCGGAAAGCAUCGCCGCUGCGACAGCCAUUGCACCGUCCGUUUCGUCCUCAAUCAUUAGUGGAACUUUUGAGAGCUUGUCUUCGCAUCACCAAGAUUCUCUUCCGGUAAACGACUUUCCUACGGACGAAAACGAUCAUAAAUACGUUGGACUCGUCAAUCAAGUGAACUUCGAUUCAAAAGAAAGAAUCAAUGAAUAAACUUUAGGCGAUGACUUGCUAUUUGAAUAGUUUGGUGCAGUCGUUGUAUAUGACGCCUGAGUUUCGCAACGCAAUGUACAGGUGAUUUUUUUAUAAAUAAUACUUUAUUCACAAAUCUGUUUGAAUCUUUAGAAAGAUAUAAAUGUAAGGAAGUUCAAAAUUGACAAAGAAAAAAAAGACGCUCAAGUCUAGGAAUAUUAAUCGAGAUAAACUUUCUUGCAACCAAAAAAACAAACAGAAAAAGUAUUGAAACAUCUAAGAGCGAAUUUCUUCGAAAUUAUAAUGUUUGUGAUGAGAGUCGUUUUUUUAGAGAAAUAUGUCAGGAAUGUGUCUUCUGAGAUAGGUUGAGUAUUAAUAAAUUGAAUUUUACUUCGAAAAUGGUUCGCGCUCGAACGUAGGAAGUUUUUGAGAAUGAGAUAAACUUCUCAGCAAAAACUGCUGUUUGUGUAUCGCCACGUGAUCUUCGAACACGUGGAAGUUUUUUAAAAACUUCAGUAAGGACGCAAAGUUCGGAAAUGCUGUACCAUAGAGAAUUCUUGGGAAUCUGUUCAGUUUCGUUUCGCGUUGAAAUAGUUUUUUUUUUCGAUGUAAAUUUCGGGUUUAGAUGGGAAUAUAGAAGUGCGCAAGCUAGUAAACGGGGCGAAUCAAGUAUACCCUGCCAGCUCCAAAAGCUUUUCUUACUGCUUCAAACUUCCGACGCUGACGCUUUGGAAACCCGAGAUCUCACUGCGAGUUUCGGAUGGACGGCGUCUGAAGGUAAUCCUUGUUUCUCACCUGAUGAGAUGGAUUUCACUUCUUUUCUAGCAUACGAUCAACAUGACGUACAGGAGCUUUGUCGGCUGAUGUUUGACGCGCUCGAAUUGAAAUGGAAGGGAACGGAGCACGAAAAACUCAUCCAAGACUUGUACAGGUAGCGCCUUAUGCUCUGGAGAGUUUCCAUCUCAAACUGUUCUUUCAGAGGAACCAUGCAAGAUUUCGUGAAAUGUCUCAAAUGUGGACGAGAAAACGUCCGUCCCGACUUUUUCCUCGAUCUUCCACUGGCAGUGAAACCCUUUGGAGCGAUGAAUGCUUUCAAAAGUGUGGUACGACGGUCUAUUCACAACUGGUUAACGAGUUCUCGUUUCCAGGAAGAGGCUCUACAAGCGUUCGUGGCACCGGAACUUCUUGAUGGUUCCAAUCAGUACCAUUGCGAAUGUUGCAAAUCGAAGCAAGAUGCACACAAAGUACUCUAAAUUUGUUCUCGAGUAAUAGUCUGGAAUUUUGAGGGCCUGCGAGUCACUCACUUUCCGUACCUCUUGACCAUCCAACUGAAGAGGUUCGAUUUCGAUUACAACACCAUGCAUAGGAUCAAGUUGAACGACAAGUGAGAAAUGUGUCUUUCGUCAUCUGAAAAAUGAGAUUUAGAAUGACUUUUCCGGAUAUUCUCGACCUGAACUCUUUUGUUCAUCGAGCUGAUGACGAUUCUACAAAAGAAAAAGAAACUGAUGUUCUGGAGAAGGGAUCGGCUGUUCGAUCUGCGGACGAGUCCAUGCAAAACGAAUCAUUGGAGACUCCAGAAGAAGACUUUGCCAUCGAUUCUAGCGCUUUCGCUUACUCAACACAAAAACAAGGUUUUAGAGUUUCGCAGUUUGUUUUAUCGCUCUUGUCUAAAUUUGACGUUGUACGAGAGACAGAUGGACUUAAUUAUUUUGAUGAUGACUAUACACUUAAGUGAAAGUCGGGCAAAGGGUCGACCAAAUUUGUGUGGACGAGCUGCUCAAAGGCGGCGAGUAUGUCUACGAAUUGUUCUCGGUAAUGGUCCACUCGGGGAGUGCCGCUGGAGGCCAUUACUUCGCCUAUAUCAAGUGAAAUUUCCAUUUUGGAUCUCUCUGAAGGAAUAAUUUGAAGGAACAUGGAACAGGAUCGUUGGUAUUGCUUCAACGACGCUCGCGUAGAGUUCGCUUCUGAUGCGGAUAUAGAGGUUCUCGAAUCGAGAAGUUUUCAUUUCCAAAGGAAUGUUUAGCGCAGUUUCGGAGGUCAUUCUGGCGGGUGGAACAAUUCCAAUACCAACGCCUACAUGCUCAUGUACCGAAAGGUGGGAAUUCUCAUUUUUUAAAGAGAGAAAUAAAUCUUCUAAUCGCGGACAGGUGGAUCGAACUAGAAAUUCGUCAUUCAUGCACACGGAGAAGCUUCCGAGGCACAUAAUCUCCUUGCAAGAGAAAUGGCGCCAACAAGAGGUGGAAGCGGAAAAAGAACGGAUCCUGCAGCAAAGCCUCCUGUCUGUGAGUCACUCAGAAGAGACAUGAUAAAAUGUCCCAUUGAUCGGUUCUCACAAUCGGAGUGUUUUGAGGUCCGCGUGCAACUGAAUCUGCCGCUUCAUUCCGUCCUCAAACGGCACGACAACACGCCGGUUCUCUACUCGCAGGUCCAACACCACAUGAUCAACGAGUUCUCCGAGUACAUCACUGAAAUCUCGCGUACACAACAUAUUUCCAACGUUUUCAAUCAGGUUUUUGUAUUUCUAAACGUCCAUUAUUCUCAUUUCUCAGGCGUUCAACUAUUUUCAAGAGCGAGCCAAUUCAUACGGUCUUCAGUUGAGCAGAAACAACGUCAGUUGCGGCCUUUUCUGUCUUUUGUUCUGCCUUUUUGGUAUAGAUUCAUCCACGUUUUUCAGUGCCGCCUCAUAUAUUGUCGGGACAGGAUGACCAUGGAGAAGUCAUUGUGUUCGAAGGCUCAAAUGGACAAGGUGAUUUUCGAUUUUGAAACAUAAUUCCUCUUGGGCUUUUGACAAUGUGCGAUCGAGGUCUUUGUAAGAUUAGCCAAAAGAAAAGGUUUCGAAGUUUUUGAAAUAUGUUCAUUUCAAAUUGGUUCCGAAUGACCUUUCAAGUUCUUGGAAAAAUGAGGGGAAUUUCUUUUUUCUAUGCUUUAUGAAAGUUUAAGCACCAGUUUGAUUUGCCGCGUAGAUUCCAAGUUUUUAAAAAAAAAAUUCAUUUAGAUCUUUCAUCAUUUAAUAACAACUCUGUGAAAUUUGAAGUAGUGAUUGAAACAAAACCCAACGAUGUCAAUCUUUUAGCGGGUCUUCGAUUUUUUCGGAAUUCCGAUUGAUUGCUGCCUUUUUUUAAAAUUAUACCUUCUUGCAAAAAUGACAAGUUUCCAGCCAAUAAAAACCCUUUUCGACUCUUUGGGUAUGGAUCCUCCGGCGAUGUCGACAGUGUGGUUCUUUUUGGAUUACAACCACAACGGCCCUUCUGGUUAUCCACCAUCUUUCCAGAGUUUUCAUUCUUCUUGUCUUUGAAGAAUCGUUUCCCAUCGAGCCCUACGGCGGCCGAUCAAUCUUUCUGCAACGCGUAGACAUUGGAAUGCGGUGUCUGUUGCCGCCUUUCCGAAUCUAUGUUCCCCCUAACAUGAAAGUCAGUUUUUUCUUAACAACGUUUCGAAGCCUUUCCGAUGAUUCAAUUGAAAAACAUACAUUUUUAUAGCUAUUAUCUUUUUGAUAGUAGCUUUUUUUGUUUGCAUUUUUUUGUUUGCAUUUAAUUAAAAAAAAUUUUUUUAAAUAGAGAAAAAAAUAUACGCCUCAAUAAAAUAUUUUUUUAAUUGGUUCAGAUUGUCGAACUGAAGCAUUUGGUUGGGAAGCAGUUCCGUGAUGACGCUCGCAGUUCUUUGACCUCUCGGUAAUAGAGAUUUGUUGUUUUCUAGAACACAUGUGUUUUUCUUGAAAACGUAAGGCUGGUGAUGGAAUGCACGAAAUCCCGAAGUGAAUUCCUUCUGCUGGACCCCUCCCGCAACGGAACGAGUUUCAUGGACUGUGCUCAAACCUUCGUCGGAAACUCCUUCCCAACAGUCGGUUACUUUGAAUUUACGUUGCCAACUUCUGUUCGCAGCUUUAUUAUGAUGGCGGCUUCCUUUUCGGAACGAACGAAACGGCUAGAUCUACACAGGAAGACAGGGAAAAGUUUGAGAACAAUUUCGCCGCGUCGACCAUGUUCGAACUAUUAGACCGCAAGCAUUUCUCCAUGUUGAUACGCGUUCGAUUCCCUUCAGCUGGUUUCGCUUCCAAAAAAAAAAAACAAUUGGAAAACGUCUUGUGUGUUUAGAAGAACUCAACAGAGCGGCUUCUUCUUGCGGCGCUUACAGCGGUCCUACUUGGGCGGAAACAAUCCAGAACAUUCCUGAAGCAGCCGAGGCGCCGACUCCAGAUGAUCCCAUCUGGGGGGAACCUCAGUCUUCUGCCUGCGAUAACGCUCCGGUUGGUUUUUUUCUUUGGCUGGAGAAACUUGUUUCUUUUGAUCCUUUAACACUGAUUAAAACACUCAUUUGUUAGAUAUGAGUUGAACAACUUAUCGUAGAGAACGUUUCUAUGUUAUUUUUUGGUCUACUAGGGCUUAAAGUAAUUGGGUAUACAUUUUUGAGCAAUGGAGAUUAUCAGCAAGAAAAAAACCGCUGUUACACGUAUUCCUAUUUCAUUCUUUCUGCUGUCUGUUCAGUAUUGAAACAUUUGACGAAAGGGAGAUCCCAAAAGUUUUAUUUCCAAUAGUUCAAUUCAAUUCAAUUUAUUCAGUCUUCAGAGUAAGAUGAAGAAAAUCUCUGCUGAAUCAUGGUAUAAUCGAAGAGUUAGUCGUCGGCGCGGGCAACGGUCCACAAUCGUUGUCCAAUACGUCCCGGCGUAACAGCUAGUGUCGGGAAAUAAUGUGGGCCCGUUGGUAGUACCAGCGAAUAAACUGCUUCACCAUGUUGGAACAGUACGGCGUCCAGCUUGUCCGGGGCUGACGGGCGUCGGAAUAUUAUCCCAUGAGAGAGCGGCAAUGGGACCGACUAGUCGACGUGAUGAAAUGAGAUAAUAAUAAUAAUAAUAAUAAAUGAUUUCCAAUAGUGCAUCAUUUAAAAAAGAUUUACGAGAGCUUGAAGGAAACCAAUCGCUGGCUCACUAAUUCUUGGUAAAAUAGUUUUUGCGUUCUCUUUUUUCUCAGCGACAGCCUCAUUUUCACUUUCGAAUUUUGUUUUUUUUUUAUAAUCGAUUUUAUCGACUUGAAAGACUAUUGGUAUAUUGGCAAAGAUGACAGGUUGCGUAACAGGGCUAUGCGGCAAUCGAAAACGGCAAUCGAGUUUGAGUCGCUAAUUAAGAAAAUAGAUAACUAGCUAAGGCUCCGAAAUUUUCUAUACUUAUUUAAGACGUGCUCCUCUAUAACUUCCACUCAUUAAAAAUGUGAUUUAUGAUUAAUAAGUUUUGAAAAACCUUCACAGAAGACGAAAAUUGCCGGUUUCAAAUUGCCGGCAAUUUCGGCAAUUUGUUGCCGGCAAUUUUUGGCACUCUUUGAAUUUUCUAUAUAUGGUCUCCUACAAAAUUCAAAAAUAUUUUUACUGAUACUGUAGCGAAGUUCAUCUUUCAUGUCUACAGAAAAUUUUGGAGCCAUAGCUGAUUAUCUAUAUAUCCAAGCAGCGACUCAAACUCCGAUUGCCGGUUUCGAUUGCCGCACAGCCCUGUUGCGUAAGCAAAGUGGCUUUUAGAGCGGAACUUAAGUUCAAACGUAAGCCACCUCUUUUCAUGUUUUUUCUCUUUUUUUUUUGGUAAAUUGAUUAUUAUAUUAUUUUUAUGACUUGGAGAUUCGUUUGAUCUCUAUUUUUUUCGCCGGAAGCCGUGUCGAGUUCGCAGCAAUCACUCUUGCCAAUAUGCCCCCAUAACACUUUCAAGUCGAGAAAAAUUCACUAUUUGAUCUCUUCGAUGAAUGAACGAAUGACGUAAAAAAACAUUCGUGUUUUGGCGGAAGGGGUAUGAAUGCUUUGUUAGUGAAAAUAAAAAAUAGGGAUAAAAAUAAGCAUCGUCACAGUUGCAGAUUGAUAUGGAGGAGGAUCCGUACGUCAGCGGCCGAGGAUCGGCCAACUCGAUGUUCAGCGUCAAUGUCGACGACGUCCGUAACACCGACGUCGAUUUCUGCGAUCAAGACCGCGUCUCUGGAAGUUUUUGUAAUAACACGCCGCAGGUGCUUCGUAGAAAUCUCCUGACUCUUCAAAACCAUUUCUGUCAGAUGUCGCCGAGCGUUUCGGAGGGUGACGACUUUGAUAUGAACGAAGGGGCUCUCAGCUCGAUUGAACUUCGGGUUUUCCCUCCAAAAAUGUUUCAAUAUUUAUUUUUUUUUUACAGAAUCAACUCAACGCAGAGAGAACGAUUUCCUAUAUGAGCGAACAGCUCUUCGAAGCGGCUAGUCCCUACGUCGAAGAUGAACAGAAUAGUGAGGGUUUUACCUGGCAAUAUUUUGUUUCUAGUUUCUUGAGAAUCACAAAAAAAGUUGAGCCGCGUAUGUUUUUUUUCGAUAAAUGUUGUUCACUGGUUUCUAGAUUUCUAUGGAGGUUCCCCCAAACAUUGAAUAAUCAUAGCCUCGCAUCAGGGAGCAGCGGCCAUUCACUUUCUAGUAUCGAGAGCAGACUGGGCGAGCUUUAUAGAGAAGAUAGUUUCUGACAGGAAAUCAAUGUCUACUUGUUUACACUCAUUAGUUCAGUUCAAUCGCGAAGGCCCAUUUUCAAGUCUAUAGCUUUUUUUUGAAGCGUAUCAAAAAAAAUUUACACGUUAAUAUAUAGAAAAGACGUUUGAGACUUCACCGACGGCUCGAGUGUCCAAAGUAUGGUUUUCACUGCAGAUCGUAGAAAGGUCCGCAUAAUAUAAUUGAAGAUAUGAUUGGCCAAAAAUGACGUACCAGUGUUUGGCGGACUUCAUGCCAUUAAAGAAAUUUUUUUCCAGGUCAAAAAAAUUGAUUUGAAAAAUAUAAUCUACUUAUUUGUUUGGUUUUUUUCUUGAAAAAAGAAAGAUUGGAGGAAAUGAAAUUUGCAGAGGUGCCAGUGGAGUCGUCGCUGUCGAAGGUGAGGUCACUGCGUCCGGCGUUCACGAACGAAGACAACAUGUCCGAGUCGGCGGGAAGCAGCGGCCACAGCACAGUGGUCCCGACGGCCGUCGCACUGCCUCCGACUGACGCCGACUCCCUCGGAGGGAAGAUCCUGCAGACCUCCGUCAACGAGAAUUGUUCGUCAUCCCGACAGUGGCAAGAUAACUACAGAGAAUAUUUUGGAGAAUACCACUCGAUGGGAAAUUUUUAUCGAUAAUUUAUAGGACUUUCGAGUUUCGGAGAAUUUCCAUAACAUUGACAUUUUUUCUCGAACCAACAACGACUUUCAAGUUAUUCAAUUUUUUUUUAUUUCUUGUCGAACUUCCAUUCAUAUUAAAGUACUGUAUAGAUCGUGUUCUGGACGUUGACAACCGCACUUCUUUCGGAGACUUCAAGUCCUGGAUGGCCUCUCAAAUGCAGGUGGAAUGUGGACAAUUCGUUAUCGUCAAACACAGCUCUGUCAGUUUCUUUAUUCUCGACUUCCCGUUUGACCAGUUGACGGUUUUUUAUUUCGACUUGUCACAUUAGUUUGUAGUCUUUUGAGAAAAAAAAAAGUGGUAAUUUUUAAUAUUAAUGGUUGAUCCUUCAGCUUUUGAGUGUUUCCCGGGAGAUGAAUUGUUUAUAAAGGAUGAAAUAUAAUAAGGAUGAUAAGUGCUUCGGAUAUCUAUUAUUGAAAAGAAAAACAUUUUCUUCAGGAAGACGGCAAUGAUUCCGGUUAUGAGACCACUUCCAAAGACGACGAAACCUUGUUUUCCGCCUUUUCGUCCAGUUCAAUGGUUUUCGUAGAUGAUUUUAUCUGUAAUAAUUAUUUUUUCCAGCUUUCUGUCAAGCUCCGCCCGCCGUUGAAACAUGACGAAAAACUUGUACAAAUAUACCAGUUUGAUAUGAAUGAUUACACCGUAAGAAAUAAAAGUAAAAGAAACUUCAAAUUAUGGGAAUGCGCUCAGAAAGAGAACUGGCGGAUGCUCUUCGAGUGUCCCGCGUCUCCGCGAACACUGAUCGGCGACGUUCUUCUGCAAUGCAUUCGCUUCUACAAAGAGAUCUACGGAACUGCUCUCACACCUCAACAGUGCGUCAUCUCGUUCCGUUUUCACUGAUUCCUGCUGCUGUGGACAUGUUUCAACCAACUUUUGACUUUCUUUCCAGAGUCCGACUGCGAGACUUGCCCAAUUACGGCAGCGGCCACAAUGUUCUUCGACCGAACGACGCAAUGAGCAAACGUUCUUCCUGGUGCUCUAACAUGUACAUGCAGAUUGUCUCAGGUUCUUUUUUCUUCCUUUUUUUUGAAUUCGUUAGUUCAAAUGUUCAUGAUAAUCUAUUUCAGAUUUCCUUUUUUUUCAAAGAACUUACGUUUAUUUCAGAAAAUAGUUAUUUUUAGUUAGUCAAAAAUUAAUCAACGGAUAAAAGUUUGGCAACCCGACAAAUAAACCUAAUAAUUCAGUUCUUCCUUCCUUUUUCAAGGUUCCGUCGGAAUCUGACAAUUAUUUUUCUCUUCUAUUGAGUUCUAAAAAGUCAAAAAAAAAAGUUUCAUCGAAUAAAUAGGAAGUACAUCAAACUUUUUUUAUUUCUUUCUCAAAGUUUCUAAUGAUUUAAUAAAAUUUAAAAUCGAUAGAAUGGAGUAGUAAGACGAAGAACGCUUCCUAAUUUAUUUUUAAUGCCUUGUCGGUUUCUUAUCGAAGAUAUUGAUGUUAAGAUCCUGCUGUUUUGGGAAAAUGCGGAGAUCCAAUUUUGGUGCGGAGAUUCCGCCCGUCAACGGUGGAAGUCAGUCAAACACAUGAGGUAUUUUGAACAAAGCAAAAAGGAAAAGGUCUCGAAUUGAGGUUCUCGUUGAUCCCAACGCAGAAAACCAAGUUCUUUCUUUCAUGGAGGCCCUGGCGAACGCCGCUCAGAUUCCUCUCGAACGAGUCGCCAUCACUGAUGUAUUUUUUGCCGUUAUUCCAAUUCUAUCUGUUCUUUUUUAUUUCAGAUAGCGUCCUCCGCUUGGGAAAAAUGGCCUUAUUUGAAAAAUCGACUCGAUAUGCUUGAUGGAAAGUGGGAGUUUUUUCUGAUUGAGAAAAAAUCCCAAAACGAUUUAUUCUUUUUUCAAAGAGAAUAGUUUCACUUUUGAUAUUGAUAUUAUUUGUGCCAGGUAUUUAGUAUUUAGUAUUUUGAAGAACCUAUUUACUUUUGAAGAACCUUUUGAUUUGAAAUUUCAUGUUUCUUCUGGUGUCAUUCGAAAGUCAAACAUUUUGGAAGGAUGCGAUUUUUUUUUCGAAUAUUGUCCGUUCCUCGCGACUUGAAAGGGCGUGACUUUUCAUGUUGACUUGCUAGUUUCAUGUUUCUCUGAUCUCGUUGGCGAGGGAACAGAGAGACGCAGACAAGACCGAAAACUUUCGCGACGACGAACGGGCUAAUAUAACAGUUGAUAUAUCCUUCCACCUCUGAGAUUCUUCUCUUUUUCGAAGUUUCCAGAUUCUCAUCUUCGCUUAUACUGCAAUACUAGUUCACUAUCAUUGCAGGGUGUGUUUUCUGAGCGAACCUCAGAAGCUGGGACUCCACCAGAAAGAUUUCAUCGAGAGAGUGGGCUCGAGAGUCAUUUACUAUAAAGAUCUGCAAGAAGAGCCGAAGGUCCUCACUGAAGAAGAACGCAAACAAAUCACAAUAAAAGAAAACGGCCAAGUGAGUUGAUUCCCAGAAAUAAAAUGAAUAAUUAAAUUUUAAAAGUUAAAAAGAAAACUCAUUUAGACGGCAAUCGCCAAUCGCCGGAAAGAACGUCCUCUACGCAUCCAAAUGAGCAGCGUCUGUGAACCUUAA